AUGGGCUCACCCUACCCGAUUUCUAUUGAUGAAGUCCCUGCAACCUCCAUCUUUACGCCGACAGUAGCUCUCGCCGAAACGUGGAGCGGAAAUUAUCAGCGCGUCUUCCUUGCCGGAGAUGCUUGUCAUCAGACAAUCCCUUCGGGCGGCUACGGAAUGAAUAUGGGCCUUGCUGAUGCUUGGGAUCUUGGCUGGAAGCUCUCAGCCACUGUUCAAGGCUGGGGUAGCACUCAUUUGAUGAAGACAUACGAACAGGAACGUCGUCCUGUGGCAGCGCUGAUGCAACACUGGAGCAAAAUUCACAUGAUGAAACUCAUCGGGCUUUCAACAGCUGUGAAAUUGGAUCCGGUCGUCAUCGAAUCCAUGGAUGAGCGCGGCAUAGCCCUGCGUGAGGAAAUCGAUCAGUACAUUCAGCAAAACGAUGACCAUAAGCAGAGCUUCGGCGUUGAAAUGGGUCACCGCUAUGAGUCGAGUCUGGCAGUACUGAACGAGCAGGUGGAUGUUGAAAAGGCAGCACCACAGUUCGACUCACGCAACAACAUCCCAACUACCUUUCCUGGUUCGCGGGUACCGCACGUGGCUUUGUCGGACGGCAGCGCCAUUUCCGAUGGAUUCGGGAAAGGCUUCACCAUGGUCGCGUUUCUGCAGAAAGAAGCAGUAACAGCCGGAGACCAAUUUCAGUUGCCCAUCGCACUGGCCAGUUUUGAAGAAGCAGCACGCCAGCACAGGAUUCCUCUAAAAAGCCUUUGUUUGAUGAAUGAGACUCAUGCGUUCCGAAUUUGGGAUGCUUGUCUUGUCCUCGUGCGGCCUGAUGGAUUUUCAGCGUGGCGCUCAGAUAGUCUGGACAAGGUGCACAAUGCAUCGCAAGUGUUGCUUCAAGCAACAGGUCAUACCUCACCUUUGUAA